AUGACUUCUAAAAUAAAUGCCAGUUUCACUUUGAUUCCCAAUCAUAAAUUCAGACGUACUCAUCGAAGGUCUAGCUAUUUUUCUAACACCUUUGAUUCCAAUUCUCUGCUGUUAUCAACACUUGGAAAUUUUAAAGUCUUGCCAUUGGAAAUAUUCCAGAAUAUCUUAAGAUAUUUGUCAGUGAAAGAUAUCAGCUUGCUAAGUAUGGUGUCCAAAACAAUCAGCCAGUAUAUUAUUAAUUACAUCUCAACCUCAUCAGGAAGCAAAAGACUUUUACUACAAGAUUUUCACAUUGAACUGCAAGACUGGAAACCAAACUUUACUAUACUGGAGCACUACAAAUCUUUAGGUCUGCUAUUUAAAAGAUGUACAUUGCUGCUACCCACUAAAGAAAGACUAAAAUAUAUUCACAAGAUACUUGCAGAAGUUCCCUGUUUUAAAUUCAGUGGCUGUCCAGCUCCAUUGCAAUGUUUAGGAUUAUCAUGCUAUGGCAUAUUUUUACAGACAUUAACAGCAGGUUGGGAUGAACUUGAGUGUCACCGUGUCUUUAACUUCUUAAGUGAGCUAACUAACCUGUCCCGCAAGAUGCAGACUGUUGUAUGCAGCAAGCCAGGAAGUGCCCGAAAACUGGAGUUAAGAAUUCGACUCUUCUGUAGACAUGUCUUGCUUGAUCAGUGGACACAUCGAAGUGAUUCUGCUUUUUGGUUGACACGUAUAUUAAAACCAUGGCCAAUGGUGAAUCAGGCAAGAUUACUUUAUAUCAUCUUUGGACCAGUAUCUCCUCAAGAUGGGCUGGUUGUUUGGCAGAAAAUGAUAGAAGGACCUUCAGAUGAAUCCAGUCUAAAAGGUUUGGCAGAUGCCAUUAAAUUAUUAUAUGAAACAGACACCAAAGAGUGGACAGCAGAUGAUAUUAUCAGUCUUGUAGAUGAACUAUCAGUGGUUCCCCGGGAAUGGCUUCUAGAAAAUAAUGCACGUCUUCUGAUCCUAAGUGGGAACAACAUCUGUUUCACCUUCAUGGCUAGUAAGGCUGUGAAUGGACGGGCUAUAGAAUUAGCAAGGCUGAUCGUGUUUUUGGCUUUGGUGUGUGAGAAAGAGCUAUACUGCAUGGAUUGGGCAGUUAAAAUAAUGCAGAAAGUCUGUAAGGUCUUUAGCACUCCAGUGGAAAGAAGUAACUUCCUACAAAAUGUGACAAAUGCAUUUGCAUGUCUUACAAUGGAAAUGCUGCAGGUAGUUAUAUCUGGAAACCGUGAUGAAGAUGACAGAAACUUCUUGAAUUUGUUUCAUCUCAUUCAUGCUCAGGCUAACUUCCAAAAGGAGAUCCUAUAUCUAGCCAUGAAUACUUUCUCUUCCUAA